AUGGACAAGCGAAGUGAAAGCACGGUUGCUCUUACGUCGUACGUUCCUUGUUCGGAAGAUUUAGAAGGCGGUGGUAAUGGUGGUUCAAUUGGGCCGAACGGAUUUACAAACGUGGCAGCAAUUGAUGAAAAUGAUAAAACGCGACACGAAAAAAAAAACGAUAACGAAAUUAAUAAUUCAACGAAUAAUAAUUCAAACGAAAUAUUAAUUAAUGUAAAUAGUUUGAGGUGGAAUAAAGAUGUCGAAUAUGAUGGCGGACAAAAAAAUGAAAAUCAUUCAUCAAAUGUCGAUAAUCAUUUAAAAGUAAAACUUUCGGAUUAUAAUCAGAGUAAUAAUUUACCCCGAUUGACGUCAUUCGAAAAAAAUUCUAGUCCGAAAAAAUGGCUGUGUAAAAAAGUGAAAAAAUGUUGCACGAAAAAACUUUUAUAUAAAAGAGUACCGAUAUUAUCAUGGUUACCUCAAUACAGUUUGAAUUAUGCUGUUGCGGAUUUGGUGGCUGGUUUAACCGUCGGUUUAACCGUCAUACCACAGGCCAUAGCAUAUGCAAACGUAGCAGGAUUACCUCCCCAGUAUGGCCUCUACUCAUCGUUCAUGGCUUGUUUCAUUUAUGCUAUAUUCGGUAGUGUUAAAGAUAGUCCGAUCGGUCCGACAGCAAUAGCAGCCAUAUUGACUCGUGAAAAUCUUCACGGUUUAGGUCCGGAAUUUGCCGUUUUGCUUUGUUUCCUAUCCGGAUGUGUCGAAUUACUCAUGGGAAUAUUGCAAUUAGGUUUUUUAAUUGAUUUCAUAUCCGGUCCUGUAUCGGCUGGUUUCACGUCGGCUGCUGCUAUUAUAAUUGCCACAUCGCAAGUUAAAGAUGUUCUAGGAUUGUCUUUUCCCGGUGGAAAUUUUCUAGAUGUUUGGGAAAAUAUUUUCUGCAACAUAUCCAACACCAGAAUGGGAGAUGCUAUUUUAGGAAUAUCAUGCAUGAUUGUUUUGUUGGUGCUCAGGAAAAUCAAAGACAUUCCCAUCGGUCCGAGAGAUGUUAAGGAGAAGACAAAAAUGCAAAAAUUUUUAUCUCAAUUUCUCUGGCUCGUAUCGACUUCUAGAAACAUCGUCGUGGUUGUAGUCUGUGGAAUAUUAGCGUACGCUUUCCACGUCGAAGGUGAAGAUGGACCGUUUGUAUUAACAGGCACCGUCAAAGGUGGAUUACCAAGUUUUCACAUUCCAUUUUACGGAGCAGUUGAUGGAAACAAAACGUAUUCAUUUUCCGAAGUAUCCAGUAAUUUAGGAUCAGCAAUACUUGUCGUACCUCUUUUAUGCAUUUUGGAAAAUAUUUCUCUUGCCAAAGUUUUCGCUAAAGGAAAAUCAAUCGAUGCGACGCAAGAAAUGUUAGCCAUAGGUUUGUGCAAUAUCGCGUCAUCAUUCGUCGGUUCCAUGCCCGUUACUGGAGCUUUGUCCAGAGGUGCAGUCAACAAUGCCAGCGGCGUACAAACAACAUUCGGGGGAAUAUACACCGGUAUCAUCGUUAUACUGUCCCUUCAAUUUUUCACUCCGUACUUUUAUUACAUUCCAAAAUCUUCAUUGGCUGCCGUUAUAAUAGCAGCCGUUGUAUUCAUGGUUGAAUUUCACGUUGUCAAACCAAUGUGGAAAACGAAAAAGAUCGAUCUGAUACCUGCAUUUGCAACUUUUCUAUCUUGCCUAUUUAUAAGAUUAGAAUUAGGCAUCGUCAUCGGGAUCAGUAUUAACGUUUUGUUCCUACUUUACGCAUCAGCAAGGCCGAGCGUUCAAGUCGAAAAAGAAAGAACUUUAUCGGGUAUCGAAUAUUUAAGGAUAACUCCUGAUCGUAGUCUCGUGUUUCCUUCUGUUGAUUAUGUACGAAACGUCGUUACGAAAGCAGGCGUUAAACAAGGAUCCAGUUACGUACCUGUCGUCAUUGAUAGCAAACACAUACAAGGAGUGGAUUUUACGGCUGCCAAGGGAAUCAAAUCGUUAAUGGACGAUUUUGUUAAUCGAAAGCAGCCGAUAUUAUUUUACAAUUUAAAACCGAGCAUAGUUGAUAUUUUUCACAGUCUCAGACCGAAAGAAUUUAUAUAUUGCACAAACGAAAACGAAUUGAAUGAUUUUUUGAAACAGCAUCAUGUCGCCGGAACGUGA